ACCAUCACUCUGCUAUCGCAAGCACCACCAUGAAGUCUAUAAUCUUAGCUAUCUUGGUUGCUGUGGUCAGCGCUGCCCCACAGUACGGCUAUCCCACCCCUACCACGCCGACCCCCGACCCGACACCUGGAUACACAUACCAGGAGCCCGAACAGACGUACCUGGCGCCCGAUACCCGCGCAGAAGAAAGCGGAGAAAGCAGCGCAGAAGAGCCAGAAGAGCCAGAAGCGCCUGUGGAAGUAGUGCCGAUUCUGAAGGACGAGCGCGUGAACAACGAGGAUGGAAGCUACACUGUCGAUAUCGAGACUGGCAAUGGCAUUAUAACCUCAGAGGCAGGCUCACAGAACGGUGAAGGCGCCAUCAUCAAGACUGGCCAGUAUUCCUACACUGCCCCAGACGGUUCGGUGAUCGAGGUCAAGUUCGUCGCCAACGAGAACGGCUUCCAGGCGGAGUCCGACGCCCUGCCCGUGGCGCCCGAAUUCCCUCACGAAAUUCCCGAAUUCGUGCUCAGGCAGAUCCAGUUCGCGGCUGAGGAGGACGCGCGUGCUGCCGCUGAAGCUGAAGCCGAACUGAAAGCUGCUGAAACUGCACUGAAAGCUGCUGAAACCCCCUCGAACUUGUACGAGCGGCCCCAGUAAAGGCUUUUACGAAAACGCCAUCGCGACUUCUUUUGUAUUAGAUAUAUUUACAAAAAUGUAAAAAGAAAAAAAGUCUACACACAACACAAGUAGUGCUAGAACUAAUGUUAACUAGGAAAAGAUCAAUAAAAGUGUCUCCCACACCAGGAAUUAAAACAAUACAUGUUUA